CCUUGUUUUGCUUCGGAAUCGCUGCCGGGGGAGGGAGCGAAGGGGCCGGGCACUAGGAGUCGAGGCCGAGGGAUGGCAGUGAAGAGGCCGAAGGGCCCCGGGGGGCAGAGGGCCCAGCCGUGAUCCUGCGAGGGGGCCGGGGCUCCGGGUGGGGUGGGGGGCAGCGGGUGGCGGCAGCAGUGGCCUCACAUCUGAAUGGAAGCGAGCUUUGUCCAGACCACCAUGGCUCUGGGGCUGCCCUCCAAGAAAGCAUCUUCCCGCAACGUGAUCGUGGAGCGCAGGAACCUGAUCACCGUGUGCAGGUUCUCUGUGAAAACCUUGCUGGAGAAAUACACAGCAGAACCCAUCGAUGAUUCAUCUGAGGAGUUUGUUAAUUUCGCAGCCAUUUUGGAGCAGAUCCUCAGUCACCGGUUUAAAGCAGGUCCAGUGAGCUGGUUCAGUUCAGAUGGGCAACGGGGCUUCUGGGACUACAUCCGACUGGCCUGCAGCAAGGUGCCCAACAACUGUGUGAGCAGCAUCGAGAACAUGGAGAACAUCAGCACAGCUCGAGCCAAGGGCCGGGCAUGGAUCCGGGUGGCUCUGAUGGAGAAGCGUAUGUCAGAAUACAUCACCACAGCUCUUCGGGACAACCGAACCACCAGACGGUUCUAUGACUCUGGAGCCAUCAUGCUGCGGGAAGAAGCCACUGUCCUUACGGGGAUGCUGAUUGGGCUCAGCGCCAUCGACUUCAGCUUCUGUCUAAAGGGCGAAGUUCUGGACGGGAAGACACCGGUGGUCAUCGAUUACACGCCCUACUUAAAGUUCACCCAGAGCUACGACUACCUGACGGAUGAGGAGGAGCGGCACAGCGCGGAGAGCAGCACCAGUGAGGACAACUCUCCAGAGCACCCCUACCUGCCUCUGGUCACCGACGAGGACAGUUGGUACAGCAAGUGGCACAAGAUGGAACAGAAGUUUCGCAUUGUCUAUGCACAGAAGGGAUACCUGGAGGAGCUGGUGCGUCUGCGCGAGUCGCAGCUGAAGGACCUGGAGGCGGAGAACCGGCGGCUGCAGCUGCAGCUGGAGGAAGCCGCAGCUCAGAAUCAGCGUGAGAAGCGGGAACUGGAAGGCGUGAUCCUGGAGCUGCAGGAGCAGCUGACAGGUCUGAUCCCCGGUGACCAUGCCCCCCUGGCCCAGGGUUCCAAGGAGUUCACUACACCUCUGGUCAACCAGUGGCCCUCCCUGAGCACAAUCAAUAGGCCUGAGGGUGCCAGCAACUCCAAGCUCUAUCGGAGACACAGCUUCAUGAGCACCGAGCCGCUGUCUGCAGAGGCCAGCCUGAGCUCAGACUCCCAACGCAUGGGAGAGGGCAAGCGGGAUGAGGAACCCUGGGGCCCCAUCGGGAAGGACCCCACGCCCUCCAUGCUGGGCCUCUGCGGCUCCCUGGCCUCCAUUCCCAGCUGCAAGUCCCUGGCGAGCUUCAAAUCCAACGAAUGUCUGGUGAGCGACAGCCCCGAGGGCAGCCCGGCACUCAGCCCGAGCUGAGGAGCAGCAUGGGCAAUGCCAGCCCCACCUGCCAGGGACCACAGACAACUGCCACCAUGACCCCAACCCAGGCAACCCUUCAAGAAUGCUGCCCACCUAGCUGAGGGGCUCUAGGGAAAGACAACCAAACCUCUUUCUCGCUUCUGCUUCGGGCCAAAGAGGCAGGAGCUGCACUGGGAAGUGGUGGGGCCAGGAGCAGGGGGCACCCGGGGCACAGGUAGCCAGGCCCCUGGGGAGGCUGGUGGUCCUGAAGUCUUCCUGGCUCCCUUUGCUCAUCUUCUACACCUGCCUCGGGAGCAGGUGGCCCAGCCCUGGCAUUCCUGCUGCCCUGCCUCUGGUCUGUCCCUGUGUACCCUCUGAAGUCACCCUUCCUUGGUACCUAUGUGGGGCAAGAAUAGCAAAUAAAAACCAGAGGACUGAGGUGGCUUCAUCUCUGGGGAGUGGGGUAGAGCUCCAUUAACAGGGUCUCUCUUGUUCUUCUUUUAACAAGGUCUCUUAAGGCAAUGGUGUCAGACCAGUGUGUAGGAGGAUGUGGAGCCGUAACCUAGGGCUUCUGUAGAUCUGCAGUGAACUCUGGGUCGGACCCCCUCUCAUACUUUCCCAAGCCCUGCAGAGCCCUCUGAGGGUGUGCCUAGGUGGGGCACUUGCUUGCCACAGGUGCAACUCCAUUGUGGCCCAAAGUUGCAGUCCAUCCAUUAUGCCAGAGCUGGCAAGUAGGCAAAUCUGCCCCAGUGAUACCACCCUGGCACGUACUUAGGGAGAUCGCCUCUUGCUUUCACCCCAACACAGUGACCUAGCAUAGAAAGGCCUCACCACCACUUCGGCAACCUUCUAGCUUCAUUCUAUCUGACUGGAUACCCUGUAAGGUGGGAAGCUUUUAAGACAGGGUCUCUGCCUGGUCAAGGACUCACUGUAUGGACUCAGAUCCACCUACCUUCAACUCUCUAGUGCUGGGAUUAAAGGUGUGUACCAUCAUGCCAGGUUUUUCGAGACAGGGUUUCUCUGUAGUUUUGGAGCCUGUCCUGGAACUAGCUCUUGUAGACCAGGCUGGCCUCGAACUCACAAGAGAUCUACCUGCCUCUGACUCCCGAGUGCUGGGAUUAAA